AUGUCUAGUGACUCAGAGCUUAGUGAUAAUGACUUAGUUGACCUUGAGGCAGAAGCUGCUCGGUAUGAGAAAGAGAUUUAUCAUCCUGACUGGCCACAUGUCUAUGCUAUGCAGGAACAAGCCAAAGAAUUAGAUGAGAAAGCAAUUAUACCAAUGGCACCCCCUGCACCUCCGUAUAACUUUCAAUGUCAAAGGAUGGUGAAGCCUGCAGGAGGUUUACAAAUUGUACCUGGAGUAAUUGACCCUGAUUAUUUAGGCACAGUAAAAGUCCUGGUAACCUCUCCCCAGGGAAUUACUGCUAUUUCUCCUGGAGACAGAAUUGCCCAGCUGCUGCUUCUGCCUAGCUUACAUAGGCAUUUUCCUGCUGAAAAUAGAGUCAGAGGAGACGGAGGUUUAGGAUCUACAGGCUCCCGAUUUGCCUUUAUCUCGUUAGAACCAGGAAAUGCAGGGCUUGGAAAUGGAGUAGAGCCUAAGGAAUGGCCAAACAAAACCAGCCCAACUUGA